CGUGGUCGCGUCGGGACCUGACAAACACACACAAGUCCUGCGCUAGUCUCCUGACUAUUAUGGGACGGCAACACGAGUCAGGUUGGGCACGGACGACUUAGAAAUCCAUUAGAACCAGGACUAACAUUCCCAUUCUUUUGGAAUGGUUCCUUCUUCUGAUUCCUCAAGUUGGGUGAGGCCCCAACAAAACCCCCCAAAAAAGGGCCGAGUGCCGACCAAAAGAGUCUUAACUUGAUGGAAAUAAGAGUGAAGUAAUAAAAUCCAGUAAGUCCAAUGGCAAUUUUGAGGCAGCUAACGAGCCGAACUGUGACUCAAACGAGCAUUUGAAAGGCGUUUCAGCUCGUACACAGGAGAUGACCCCCUGGACGUCUGGCUUCAGUUUGUGGAGCAAUUGGACCAAAGCUUACCUGCGAGCGGCAGCAGUGAAAUGUCGCUGGUACUUGAGCGGCUACUGCAGACCUUCAUCGGGGUGGAGCGAUACGCCGACGAUGUGCGAUUUGUCAACAUGUGCAUCAGAUGUGCCACUUACUACGCUGAGCCCAUCGCCGUAUUCCAUUAUAUCUUCAACAAAGGUGUGGGCACAAAGACGGCAGCGCUUUAUGUGGCCUGGGCUCAGUACUUUGAGCGCCAAGCCAUGCCGGAGCAAGCCGACGCCGUUUACCGGAAAGCUCUGGAGAAGCGAGCCCGCCCCCCUGAAAGCGUGCUGCAAGAAUACAGGCAGUUUCAGGCCAGAAGCGGAAGCCAGGAGGCGGUGUCAGGAGGAGGUCCAAAGCCGCCGUCAGACUGCGCCCCUGCUGCCGCUCCGUCACAGGCCACAGUGGAGUUACCAGGCAGCGGCGUCUUCUAUGUCCACAUAGUGUCCCGCUCGGAAACGCCGAGCGCCUCCGGCCCCGAACCCGACCCCGACCGCGUGAUCACGUACAUGUACUCCAAGGAAGCGCUGGAAUGCGACAGAUCCGAGCUUUGCUUCGAGGAAGCGCGAGCGCGGACGUACUUCGAGAAGAGGAAGCGACGGCGGGAGGCUGACGAGCGACAAAGGCCGCCGUCGGCCACCUUCCCUUCUGAGCCGUGUCCCGUUGUCAGCGAAGAUGACAAUAAGGCUGCCGGGACGCUGUGGUGCCAACUGAACCAGAUGUGCAGCACGCUGACGAUGUGUGCCGCGGGCAAUCCUUCGGCCCAUCCUACCCAGAAGGCUUUUGGGCAAGAGGAAGGCAGGAGUGAUGCACGAGGCGAGGAGAACCUCAAUACGACGAGCGUGCCGAACGUUCCCAACGUCACUCCCGGCAAGUCGCCGAGGUGCCCGCGCGCCGCCGCCACACCGUCGCGCACGUCGCCGUCUCCCACCCGCCAGGCCGUGGAUGCGAUCGUGGGAAUGUUCCAGGCCCCCGCGCUCGCCGAGGAUCCCUUGGGUGCCGGGUCGGCAUUAUUCAGCGCCAGGAAGCCGUUGCGUAUUGCGAACGGAUCCUCUUCCGCCGCUUCGGAGCGCUUCACCAUCUACCGGGAUGAUGCCAGUAAUUCGACUUCCUGCGCUCCAGCCAGGAGCAAACCGGCGCCAGGCCGAGGCUUGUCUGAGAAUCUCUCAUCUGCUGCGGCGAUGGGGUCAUGGUCCCAGCAGAACAAGACGGUCGAGGACUUGACCGUGUGGGGCGAAGGCACGCUGGCGUCCUGCCCCAACAACACGGCGGAAUUUGCCCUGGCGGCGCGCUGCAUGUCCACGCCCUUCGCGCACAGAGGGAGCGUCGGUCCAGUAGACGCGAUGAUGCUCACUGGUCGGGAGGCAGACGACAACACGUUUGUCAGACACUUGCACAAGCUCAGUCCCAUCAUGGAGCAGAGUCCGCCUGACGAGAAGCUUUCCGACACCGCCGUCAGUCGGUCGGCAGCCUCCUGCGGGGGGCACGGGACCAUCGUGGGAGAGGGCCUCGGCGGGCACCAGCUGGUCGCUUCUUCCGCCACCCUGGCGCAGGCCUCGCUCCCGCCGGGCGCCCUUUCCUUCAGGGACCAGACUCUCGGAUCGACCGCCGCCACUGAGCCUUUUUCCGUCCUGGAGGAUUUGGAGCAGAAUUCCAGACAAGAAGUCGUCCAAAAGUCCGUCAGAAACGACGCCGCGACGGCGAGCGUCCGGGCCCCCGUCAGUCCGCCGAGGACGAUCGGCGACCGACACGCGGCAAGUCCUGAAAAAGGGCGUCAUCGUCUCUCGGGCGGCGCAACGGCGAGCGUCCGGGCCCCCGUCAGUCCGCCGAGGCCGCUCGCAAAUCCCUCAAAAGAGUGUGACGCUCUCUCCGAUGCCAGUCGGCUGCUUUCUGACCCCUGGAGCAGUGAGCUCAUCUCGAAUUUGCUGUCAGCUAUGAGCCCGCCCCUCACCUCGCACCCGCACUGCAUCAGCUGGCAGCGCCGCCUCCCACACAUCGGCCCCAAGAUGACCAUCAGCAUGGGAAACGCAUCUUUGCGAGUGGAUCGCGUCCUCGGCCAAGGGGCCUUCGCGACCGUUUAUCAGGCUACCGACCCUGCCAGCUCCGACAAGAUGGUGCUCAAGGUGCAGAAACCGGCCAAUCCCUGGGAGUUUUACAUCCACAGCCAGCUCGACCGUCGCCUGCCUCCGUCCAUCCGUCAUCUGUUCAGCCGCGCCCGCUCGGCUCACGUGUUCACGGACGGCAGCGUCCUCCUGGACGAGCUGCACAGCUACGGCACCCUGUUGAACGCGGUGAACGUUUACAAAGGUAUCGGUGACAAAGUGAUGCCGCAGCCUCUUGUCAUCUACUUCACCAUCUGCAUCCUCCGAAUGCUGGAAGAACUCCACGCGGCACGAAUCAUCCACGCCGACGUCAAGCCAGACAACUUCAUGCUCGGACAAAGGUUCCCGGACGACGACGACUUUGAGCCGGAGAACCUGAAGCACGGUCUGGUCCUCAUCGACCUGGGUCAGAGCAUCGACAUGGAUCUCUUCCCGGCGGGCACGGCUUUCACGACCACGUGCUUGACGUCCGGCUUCCGGUGCACGCAGAUGCUCAGCGAGAAACCUUGGAACUACCAGACCGACUACUUUGGCGUGGCGGGCACAGUUCACGUCAUGCUGCUGGGGACGUACAUGCAGGUUGUGGAAGAAGACGGCGUGUGGAGGACCUGUGCCACGUUUCGCAGGAAUCCUCACAGCGACAUGUGGCUGCAUUUGUUCCACACGCUUCUCAACAUCUCCGCCUGCCGCCCGGCCCCGGCGAUCCUCGCUGACCUUCGCCGCCGUCUGACCGCCGUGCUGCGGCGCGACUACCGGGGCAAGAUGGCGUCUCUCAAGAGCCGCCUGCUGGUCCUGCUCCUGGAGAACUGCAAGACCGCUCGCUCGGCGCUGUGACUGAAAAUUAAAAAGGCUCGGUUGUUUGUCGACAUUGGCUCCCGCCCGCAACCUAGUCGCGGGAUCGGAAGGUGUCAUGAUGACUCGUAAAUUGAAACAAUAAACUUUCUGGUUUAAUGAC